CAGUCCAAGUUUAGAGUACAAAAGUCUCAAGCAACCGUAGACUAUAAGUCUUCUUUCUCCCUCCUCCUUUGCAAAUUAACUGCAUUUCAAAACACACAAACCAGAAAAAAAAAAAAAAACACAAACACACACAUGACAGUACCAUUUUACUAUUGUUAUUAUUUAUCCAUAUUCCUAAUCCUGAGCCAUGUACACUCUCAGACUCAGCUGCAAGAUCAAGAACAUGCAGUCCUAAUGAAUAUAAAGCGGCACCUAAAAAACCCUUCAUUCCUCAGUCACUGGACAACAUCAAACACUGCCUCUCACUGCACUUGGCCAGAGAUCACAUGCACCAGUGACUACUCAGUCACUGGAUUGACUCUGGUCAACAGCAACAUCACUCAAACACUACCACCUUUCAUGUGUGACCUCAAAAAUCUCACACUUGUUAAUUUCAGUAGGAAUUUCAUUCCAGGGGAGUUCCCAACAUUUCUCUACAAAUGUUCCAAGCUGGUUUACCUCGACCUCGAAAUGAACGAUUUUUCGGGCACCAUUCCUGAUGACAUAGACAACUUGGUUAACUUGCAGCAUCUUAAUCUCGGUUCCACAAGCUUUAGUGGGGACAUUCCUGCAAGCAUUGGAAGGUUAAAGGAACUGAAAAUGCUUCAACUUCACUAUUGUCUAUUCAAUGGUACUUUCCCUUAUGAGAGUAUUGCCAACUUGUUCGAUCUUGAAUUCUUGGAUAUGUCCUCUAACUUGGUGCUCCCUCCUUCCAAGCUCUCGUCAAGCUUGACCCGGUUGAAAAAAUUGAAGUUCUUUCACAUGUACAGUUCCAACCUGUUUGGGGAAAUCCCUGAAACCAUUGGAGAAAUGGUGGCUUUGGAGAACUUGGAUUUAUCGCGAAGCAAUUUAACUGGACACAUUCCUAGAGGCUUGUUCAUGCUCAAGAAUUUGAGCACACUGUACCUUUUCCAGAACAAGCUCUCUGGAGAGAUACCUGGUGUGGUUGAAGCAUCGAAUUUGACAGAAAUCGAUCUUGCAGAGAACAAUCUUGAGGGGAAAAUACCUCAUGAUUUUGGGAAGCUCCAAAAGCUAACACUGUUGAGUUUGUCUCUCAAUAACUUGUCAGGGGAGAUACCACAAAGCGUAGGCCGUAUUCCAUCUCUGAUAUAUUUUCAGGUCAUGUUCAAUAACUUGUCAGGUAUUCUUCCUCCUGAUUUUGGUCUCUACUCGGAGCUUAAAACAUUUUUGGUUGCAAACAACAGUUUUACUGGAAGGCUCCCAGAAAACUUGUGCUAUCAUGGUCAGUUACUUAAUUUAACUACUUAUGAUAAUUAUCUGAGUGGUGAAUUGCCAGAAUCAAUUGGCCACUGUAGUAGCCUGAAGGAUUUAAAAAUUUACAGUAAUGAGUUUUCUGGUAGCAUUCCUAGUGGUCUUUGGACUUUCAAUUUGUCAAAUUUCAUGGUGAGUUAUAAUAAGUUCACUGGUGAGCUUCCUGAGAGAUUGUCCCCAAGUAUUUCGCGCUUGGAGAUAAGUCACAAUCGGUUUUUUGGUAGGAUUCCAACUGGUGUAUCUUCAUGGACUAAUGUGGUUGUUUUUAAAGCAAGUGAGAACGACCUUAAUGGGAGUGUUCCAAAAGGUUUAACAUCUCUUCCCAAGCUAACAACUCUAUUGCUUGAUCAUAACCAGCUCACAGGGCCACUUCCAUCAGAUAUCAUAUCAUGGCAAUCCCUUGUAACUCUAAAUUUGAGCCAAAACAAACUCUCUGGACAUAUCCCAGAUUCAAUUGGUCUGUUACCCGUCCUUAGCGUACUCGACCUGUCAGAAAAUCAAUUCUCUGGUGAAGUUCCUUCUAAACUUCCCAGAAUCACCAAUCUCAAUCUAUCCUCCAAUUAUUUGACAGGGAGGGUUCCAAGUGAAUUUGACAAUCUUGCUUAUGACACAAGCUUUUUGGACAAUUCUGGCCUCUGUGCUAAUACUCCAGCACUGAAACUUAGGCCGUGCAAUGUUGGCUUUGAAAGGCCAUCCAAAGGCUCUUCUUGGUCUCUUGCUUUGAUUAUGUGCCUGGUAGCAAUAGCCUUGUUGCUGGUUUUGUCGAUUUCACUCUUGAUUAUCAAACUUCACCGAAGAAGGAAACGAGGAUUUGAUAACUCAUGGAAGCUCAUUUCCUUUCAAAGGUUGAGUUUCACUGAAUCAAGCAUAGUGUCAUCAAUGUCAGAACAUAAUGUUAUUGGAAGUGGUGGAUUUGGUACAGUAUACCGUGUUCCGGUUGAUGCUUUAGGCUAUGUUGCUGUGAAAAAGAUCUCCAGUAACAGAAAGUUAGACCACAAGCUAGAGAGCUCAUUUCGCGCAGAGGUUAAAAUACUGAGCAACAUUCGUCACAAAAACAUUGUGAAAUUGUUGUGCUGCAUCUCUAAUGAGGAUUCUAUGCUCCUUGUUUAUGAGUAUUUGGAAAACUGUAGCCUAGAUAGGUGGCUGCACAAUAAGAGCAAAUCACCACCAGCUGUGUCAGGUUCAGCGCAUCAUUUUGAACUUGAUUGGCAAAAGAGAUUGCAAAUUGCCACUGGUGUUGCUCAUGGUUUGUGCUACAUGCACCAUGAUUGCUCGCCACCGAUUGUUCAUCGAGAUAUAAAAACAAGCAACAUCCUUUUGGAUGCUCAAUUCAAUGCAAAAGUUGCUGAUUUUGGUCUGGCUAGGAUGUUAAUGAAGCCGGGGGAACUUGCUACCAUGUCAUCUGUUAUUGGCUCAUUUGGCUAUAUGGCUCCAGAAUAUGUUCAAACAACGCGAGUCAGCGAGAAGAUUGAUGUAUUCAGCUUUGGGGUUAUACUACUGGAGUUGACAACUGGUAAAGAAGCUAACUAUGGUGAUGAGCACUCAUCUCUUGCAGAGUGGGCGUGGCGCCAAAUUAUUGUAGGAAGCAACAUAGAAGAGCUGCUAGACAUUGAUUUCAUGGAUCCAAGUUACAAGAAUGAAAUGUGCAGUGUUUUCAAACUUGGAGUGUUGUGUACUUCAACACUUCCUGCUAAAAGGCCUUCCAUGAAGGAGGUGCUACACAUAUUGCUCCGCUGUGGAGAAGGAUUUGCGUUUGGAGAGGGGAAUGUUAGGCAAUAUGAUGGUGUUCCCCUUCUUAAGAAUUCAAAAUGGGAGAGUAGUUUGGAUGCUGUUGACAAUGAUAGUGAUAGUGACUAGAUGAUAGUCCUCAUCAACACUUAGAACAAACCAAACAUAUUAUUGGGUUCGUAGAAGGUAGAAAGUGGAAUAUAGCAGUAUAAAAGCAUGGUUUUGAGGCAGUGUUUGUGAUUUGUGAGGUUCAUUUUCCUAGUUUGAUAUUUCUCCUUUUUCCGUCCUUUUCUCAAUAAUAUUAUAAAUCAAAUGGUAUGGUGGUACUGUGGUGGAGUUCCAAUAUCAUUGUCUGUCUUUUCUCUGUUUUUAAGUGGAUGCUAGAUGCUAUUUAACUCCAAAAGUUAUUAGAAAUUGAUUAUUUUACCACCGCAACCAUCCUUUAAUGCAUCCUUCUUUAACUUUAAAGAGUGUAAAUUGAUCUUGGUGUAUUACUGAAAUAAAUAACAGAAAAGUUUAAGUCAA